UCUAUUUAAGAACGCGGGGACUAGCUUUCGCUACGCAUCUCUGUCUUCUUCCCCUAUCUCUCUCUCUCUCUCUCUCUCUCUCUCUCUCUCUCUCUCUCUAUUACUCUCUAGCUCCUCUGCGCUGUUAGUAUAUUCAUACACAAUUUAAUUGGCGAUAAUGGGAACAGUUGGUGAUGCUGCAAACAAGGAUACUAAUGGAAGCUUAGCCGAGAAGAAGCCUACAGUUGUUUUUGUUUUAGGUGGCCCGGGCAGUGGAAAGGGUACCCAAUGUGCAAAUAUUGUUCAGCACUUCGGGUUUACCCAUCUUAGUGCUGGUGAUCUUUUGCGAGCUGAACAAAAAUCUGGUUCUGAAAAUGGAACCAUGAUACAGAACAUGAUCAAAGAAGGGAAGAUUGUCCCUUCUGAGGUCACAAUUAAGCUUCUCCAAAAAGCAAUGGAGGAAAGUGGUAACGACAAAUUUCUUAUUGAUGGUUUCCCUCGUAAUGAGGAAAAUCGUGCAGCAUUCGAGACUGUUACUCAAAUAGAGCCAGCAUUUGUCCUUUUCUUCGAUUGUUCUGAAGAAGAGAUGGAAAGGCGCCUUUUAAGUAGGAACGAGGGAAGAGAAGAUGACAACAUUGAAACAAUAAGGAAGCGGUUCAAGGUUUUCCUUGAGUCUAGUCUCCCUGUGAUUCAGCACUAUGAAUCCAGGGGAAAAGUUCGGAAGAUUGAUGCUGGAAGACCUAUUGAAGAGGUUUUUGAGUCAGUAAAAGCCAUUUUUACCCCUAAAAAUGAGAAGGCUGAGUAAUGUUGCAGUUGUGAUGUACUUGAGAUUUUGGACUUUAUAUCUAUUGAGGUGGUGUUAUUGUUGGCUGCAUAUAAUGAUAUUCAAUUUGCAAGGUUUCCAUGCCUUAGCUUAUUUUACUUUGUUAUAGAAGUUUGUAGUUUAUACAUUGAGGCGUAUCCCUCUAGCCUUAUUAUUGUUUGAUGUAUUCUAAUAACCAGACAGAUGGAUAUAUAACAAUAAAGUACUCUUUUUCUGAGUGCCAA